UUUUCUUUAGAUAAGCAAAUCAGCCUGCGGUCUGCUCCUUUCCUAGUGGCUUUCCUCAAAAGGAAAGGGAGGUGCUCCAAUAGACUUCCUCAAAACUUUCCUAGCUUGGGAGUGCAACUUUUUCUCGGUGAGCGUUGGAGAGCAGCUGGUGGCUGCUUUUCAGGGCUCAAACAUGACGCGUGAGUGUUAGAUUUGAAGAUGACUGACGUCAAGUGUGUUUACCAUGGAUUAUAUUCACAGAUAUAUCUGGAUAGGACAACUCAAGUGAGAUCUUAAAAUGGAAUGCUGACUGACUGAAGAAGCUCAUUCCGUUGUUGUGCCUGUAAUCCACCACAAUGAGAGACCGCUUAAAAGAGUUACAAGAGAGGACUCAGGAGUUUCCCGAUGGAGGAAGUGUGAGCUCUAACCUCCAGUCUGAGGAUGAGAAUGACAUCGACGCGUCUGUGGUCGUCGGCGUCACAAGGCCAGAGGCUGUCCUGUUUGAAGAGGAGCCGGUCAUCGAUAAUUUCCUAUCGGAAGUUCAGCAGAUCCGGAAUGAUAUCGUCGCACUGGAGAUCGAGGUCCUGAAAUUCAGCCAACAGCAGAAGAUGUUGGUAGCAACCAUGCGACGGUUUAGUAUCAUGAAAAAGGAGAGCAGCAUAACGAGGGACAUCAAGCUCCAAGCUGAAAGCAUCCACCGACGUCUGGACAAGCUUUCUAAACAAGUACAAAAAGCAGAAGAGCAGCACGGCCCCUCUGCUGCUACGACGAGAAUACAACGCUCCCAGCAUGCAGCAAUUUUUCUCAAAUUCCAGCAGGUACUGCGCCAGUAUAAUGAAGGACUGUUGACCAAGCAGGAGCGCUGCAAGCACUUCAUUAUCCGGCAGCUGGAAGUCUCGGGAAGGGAUAUGACGGAAACGGAGGUGAACGAGAUGGUUGCCACAGGAAAAUGGGAAGUCUUCAAUGAGAACUUGUUAAAUGAUGUCAGAAUCACUCGCUCCCAAUUGUCUGAGAUUGAACAGCGGCACAAGGAGUUGCUGAGCCUUGAAAGCAAUAUGAAUGAGCUGAGGGACCUCUUCAUGGAUAUUUUCAUGCUCGUGGAGGAACAAGGGACCCACAUUGAGCACAUCCAAACCAACGUAGAGAUGACCCAAGAUUACGUGGCGGCUUCUAAUGAGAAAUUCAAGUUGGCCGCCCGGUACAAAAAAAAGAACCCCCUUCGUCAGAUCUGCUGCUGUUGUUGCCCUCCUUGGAAAUGCUGCUUUUAAAGUUCUACAAAGUGGAAUUUAAAGUGUCUCCCUUACCUGUUGGGACAUUGGAAUCGAGUGGCAUUAAAGUGAAGGUUAUGGUAGCGCGUUUCUUGCUGUUGGACACAGCGACGGUGAAGACGGGUUCAGCAGAGCAUAGAAAACAAUUAAGGGGAGACCAGGAAUUGAUAUUUGAGGCACUUAUUUCUUUGAAGAGGGUGUGAAGUGACUACUAUUGGAAGAGACAGUUCACUGAGUGCUCUUCACCAACAUGACUGUUUAUUGGAGACCUUCACCAUCAUCUGAGAGGGGUCACAAACAAGACUCCUACCUCUUCCAACUUCAUCACAAAUUGUAUUGUUCAAACUUGUUUGACCGCAAGCACUAGAAUCUUUUUGCGAAUGUUAUAUUUAGACAAUGCACUUUCAACUGAAGCUCACAUUUAAUAUUAUGGGGAAUGUUCUUUUUUUGUUUCAGAUGCCGACGAUGGGGGAGGUGGGGUGAGCAUUUAUUUCAUAGUCUGAUCAUUUCAUUUUAAUAGUUACAGUAGAACCGGAGGAAAAAAUAAUCAGUAUUGUUAGGUUUUACAUUUCACUGUUAAAAAGUGGUGAAAUGAAAUUUAAAACAAGCCGGCUAAAUUCAUAAAUAAUUUACCAUGGAGGCGGCUUGACCUACAUAGAUUAAUUCAAUUUUGAUUAUUUCAUAUGGUGAUAAAAACAGUCUGUAUUAGAAAAAAACAGAUAUAGACCAUCCAGAUGAUUAAAUAAAUAUUUGGACUAAAAAUAAUUAUAUAUAUAUUAAAUUAAUGAAUGUUCUUUUGCUCUGGUUAAAACACAUUUAUGGUGUACAACUAGUCCUAUAUUUAAAUGUAUUUAACUAUUUUAAUUUAUUAUAGUACACUUCACUUUUACCAAAGACAGAUAUACUAAACCAAUGAAAGGCAGAAUCACGUAAAAUCACAUUAAAUAAGAGAUAUCCUGUGCCUGGUGUCUCACAUUAGACAGGUGACUUGGGUGUGGCAAUCCGGAACCCGAAAAACUGGUUUUGUCUGCCAUUACGAUAACUGUGCCUUCAGUUCCCAGAGGAUCAUCUGUGUAAAUAGAGCCGCUAACUCUUCCUAAAGAUGUGUACCGUUUUUUUUUUGUGUGGUUGCACAUUUCUGAUUCAAAACAAACAUUCAUGUUUCAACUUUAACAACACAAAUGUUAAGGCUGACCGACAGGAUUGACAUUUAAUACGUCAGUUUGACAUUUUCUCCCACACGUUGGCCAUUCACAUGACAUCUAAUAAACGCUACCCAUCAA